AUGGGGCUCCACGCCCUCGUCACCGUCGGCUCCACGUCCUUCCCCGUCCUCACGGACUACAUGCUCACGUCCCCUGCGCUCGCGCACUUGCACGCCCUAGGUGUUCACACUCUUACGGUCCAGCACGGCGCCGCCGCGCUCCAGGCCGUGCCGGAAUCGUGUCCGCUGCGCGUCGAAGCGUUUCCGUACACGCCCGACCUUGCCGCCCAUCUGGACGUCGCCGAUCUCGUUUUGUCGCAUGCAGGCGCAGGCACCAUUUCCGAGGGCCUGGACAAGAAGAAGCGCAUGCUUGUCGUCGUCAAUGACGCCUUAAUGGACAACCAUCAGACAGAGCUCGCAGCCGCCAUGGCGGAGAGAGGGUGCUGUGUCAUGAUCACAGCCAACCAGCUGCGCGAACGCUUUCACGACGCCGCCGAGAAGGCUAUUAACUUGACAGAGGAAGAUAUUUGCCCGCCGGAGAAGAAUCAGACUGCUUUUGCAGCUCUGCUCGCACAGCUCAUCUGCACGUACGAUGAGUCGUAGCAUGCAGCAGGCGACAUGUCUACUGGGCCAGCUAACCUUAGCCAUGAGCUGGACAGGCCCGCGCGAUUAUCUAUAGGCCUUCGUCCGCUUGUGGUCAUCUCUCCUAUCCCUGUAACAGAUAUUGCCUUGCACGAAAUCUUUGCUCAGGCGGAAACUACUACACCACAUUUCCACUCGUCUUGACUCAAAUUACGACGAACAUGUAACACCGCGCUGGAGCCUACGCAUUAGCUCAUGGAUGCCCACAACGCGAGGCUCUUUGCACAUUAAAUUCCGACCGGCUCAA